CUUGCCGGAUGCUGCGAGUCUAUCUUGACACUGAGGAGCUCUCGGAUUUUGCGCUGACAGAGCGGACAGGUCGCUUCAUCUUUCCCGUCAGACACAUCGGAGCCGCCGUAUUUUUCUUUUCACAGCAGCGUGACACACAUCAUGUCGGAUUUCGAGGAGUUUGAGAAACAGCUGAGCGAGAAUCGACAGGAGCGAGAGAGGGAGCGGCACAAGAAGAGGAGUCGCAGCGGAUCUCCCGGACGAGGUGACAAGCAUCGCAGCUGGAGCAAAGACCGAGGUAGCCGCAGCCGGGAGAAACGCAGCCGUAGCCGGGACAGGAAGAGCCGGGAUCGCCGCAGCUCCUCCCGAGACCACAAGAAGCACAGCCACUCUCCGAGACGAACGAGGAAGAAAAGGACCUGCAAAUAUUGGGACGUGCCUCCUCCUGGCUUUGAACACAUCACACCAAUGCAAUAUAAAGCUAUGCAAGCGGCCGGCCAGAUUCCAACAAUAGCUCUGCUGGCGACGUCCACCACUACUGGAGUAGCUGCAGCCCCGACACAAGUGCCCAUAGUUGGCAGUCAGAUGACGAGACAAGCCAGGCGCCUCUACGUUGGCAACAUCCCGUUUGGAGUGACUGAGGAGUCCAUGGCCGAGUUCUUUAACGCCCAGAUGCGCCUCGCGGGACUCUCACAAGCCCCGAGUAACCCCGUUCUCGCCGUGCAGAUUAACCAGGAUAAGAACUUUGCUUUCCUAGAGUUUCGGUCUGUGGAUGAGACGACGCAGGCCAUGGCCUUCGACGGGAUCAUUUUCCAGGGUCAGUCGCUCAAGAUCAGACGACCUCACGACUAUCGGCCGUUACCUGGAAUCUCGGAGCAGCCGGCCUUCCACGUCCCAGGCGUCGUCUCCACUGUUGUUCCCGAUUCCCCUCAUAAACUGUUCAUAGGAGGCCUCCCCAACUACCUUAAUGACGACCAGGUUAAGGAGCUCCUGACGUCGUUCGGGCCGCUCAAAGCGUUCAACCUGGUGAAGGACAGUGCCACGUCACUGUCGAAAGGUUACGCCUUUUGUGAAUACGUAGACAUCAGCGCCACCGAUCAGGCUGUAGCCGGGCUCAAUGGGAUGCAGCUGGGCGACAAAAAGCUGAUUGUCCAGAGGGCGAGCGUGGGAGCUAAAAACGCCAAUCCUACCUCCAUCAUCGAGACGCCGGUGACGCUGCAGGUGCCUGGGCUUCAGAGGCUCCAGAACUCUGGCAUGCCCACAGAGGUGCUGUGCCUUCUCAACAUGGUGAUGCCCGAGGAGCUGGUGGACGACGAGGACUACGAGGAGAUCCUCGAGGACAUCCGCGAGGAGUGCUGCAAGUACGGCACUGUCCGCUCCAUCGAGAUCCCCCGGCCUGUCGAUGGCGUGGAAGUACCCGGCUGCGGGAAGAUCUUCGUCGAGUACGUCUCUGCUGCAGACUGUCAGAAAGCCAUGCAAGCCCUCACUGGACGCAAGUUUGCCAACAGAGUGGUGGUCACCAAAUACUACGACCCCGACAUGUACCACAGACACGAGUUCUGAAAGCACAGACACAUCCCUCAUCCUCAUUUUCUGUUUGUGGGCUGGGCGUCAGUCUGCUUCCUUCCUCUGAUCGUCGUGAUCGUGUCCUUUAGAGACCAGAGCCGGAGCAGUUUUAAUGCUGGACUGCAGUGUGUGUGUGUGUGUGCGUGUGUGUGUGUGUGUGUGUGUGUGUGUUCAGUACGGAAUAACUUCCAGCUUUAGCCUAACACCCAGACUGUGACUGAACUCAUUCUGAACUUAAAAGAUACUCUAGUAUACAUAACAUUUGCCGUAGAAUGAAUGUGACAUGUAUCUUACCUACACUAAUACUGCCUGACAAUUUCAGAGUAGCUAUCUAUCAAGUAUGCACUGUACGAGAAAAAAAAAACAACUGUCAGAUGUUUGGAUUUUCUUCCUGAGCACAAACGUUCAUUUCGGGUUUAAAAAAAGCCAUCGUAAUGUUUCUUCCGUGGCUUUGAGGAAAAGAACGGUGUUCAUUUAUUUAUUUAUUUAUUUUUCGAGAGUAAGAUUUCCUGCUAUAUAUGUCACAUGUUAAUGUUCCUUAAACACAUACAGUGCUGUGUACUGCUUACAUAGACCAAAUGUUGACUUGUUUCAUGUCAGUAAAGCCUGAAUGGCAACUUUGUAAAUACUAUCAGAGAUACAUUCGAUUGGCGAAACACUAAAAGCUGCUUUAAUUCAAGAGUAAUCAAAACCAAAUUUGAAAUGUUUGAGCUGGAAACUUUUGAUCAGACAAAGGGACAGUUGACCGAUGGUUAAACCCUCCACCUGAGGGCUGUAUGUGAUUCUCAUUUCUAACUCUGCACCUUUAUUGUGAGACUCGACUAAAGCAGCUCUGCAUGAUUCUGUUCAAAAACACUCUUAUUCACUUUCAUCCUUUCUGUGAAACACACCAUUUUAGAUCCUGCGUCUUUAAGCCCCCCCCCUCCUUCCCAAAAAGCUUACCUUAUUCUGAUUGGCCAACUUUGGGAAGCCUGCUGAGGGGCAGGACCUAGCUAGCUUUGUGAGCUGUAUGGCCUGUGCUGUUUCUGUAUGUAUGUAGAUGACCCCAUGCGUGGGUCAAACACUGAUUGGUUGAAAAGUUGGCUGGAACGUAGAAGGCAGUCACGCCAGUGUUCACUACGAACGGGAGAACUGCAAAAAACUGUCACAGCUUUUAAAAAAUACAAUGUGAGAAGUGCAGACAGCAUCUGGGGAAAAGUUUUUUAUUGAUUACUGAUAACCUUGACGUUGGGUAAAGAUCAGAGCUCAUGAUCAGUCAUGAAAGCUAGCUGUUUUACUAAAAAUCAGAUACAGAAAUAUUUUAUACAUUGCUGCCUUCAGAGGGGAUGCAGUAGUGUUUCAGACCUUUAAAUAAGAUUUUUAAAUACAUUUUAACACGUUUUCUACAUUUAUUAGAGAGCCAGUCCGCUUCCUGUUAUUCACAAAGGUGGCUGUAGUUCAUCCAGAAGACCAACAGGGGGCUGAGUGUCACUUUUUCAAUGAACUGUAAUGAAUGGAGCCAAACGGCUAAUAAAAAUGUUUACAUUGUAUCUUAGUUUUAGUAUUAGUUAGUACCUAGUAUUGAUAAAAUAUCCUCAUUUAAGUGGUUAGUUUUUCUUACAGGGAGGCAGAUUCGGCUCAUAAAAUCUUCACCUUCUGCUGCUUGAUUGGGUUUGUUUAUGUAAGCUUUCUAUUAAACAGGAAGUCCAGGAUGUUGGGACUAGAAGUUAAAAUUUAAAAAAGUAAUUUUCGCUUUUUCCAUUGUUGGUUUUAAUCAGUUUCCACACAUCAUGUCGCUUUCCUGCUUUAUUUUUGUGAAUAACCUGAUAUACUGACUGGAAAAAAGGGUGCAAGGGUUUAACAAAAGGUCGACUGUGUCUGUCUAACCAUAAAUAUUCAGAAAUUAAUUUUCAAAAUCAGACAAAGUAACCACGGCCUUAAUUAAAACUACAAAGCAGAUGAACACAUGCUGAGAAAAGCACCUUUAAGUUGUGUAGAUAGCAAACUGAGCAUUUUUUUAAGCUUUAUUGUUUGUGUGCUGCUGUUUUGCAUCUGUUGAAGAAAAUGUAUGAAAUUAAUUUAUUCUGAAAUAUCUUUAAUCUGCUUAGAAAGUGCAGGCACAAAUAUGAACUAAGACACCAGAGACUGGAGGAAAAGCCCGUAUUUGCACAUACAGCAAUGUUCUGUUUCCAAGUAGGCAAAAGUGUAUUUUAUUGUAAUAAGCAGAACACAUCAGAUGGUGAUAAACACACUGCUGUAUUUUCUACAGUUUUGAAUGGUUCAAAGGUUUAAAACAUGUUUAGUUUGUACGAUCCCCCCAUCCUUCCACGCCAUCGCCUCAAAUAAAUGCUUGCAUCCAUCGCCUGGCUGCUGCUGUGAUGUUUUUAUUUCUGAAUUAUCUGUGACCAGGACAGAUCAGAUGUAACUGAAAAUACUCAUUAAAUAAAGAUGAAUGAUAAGAUUA